GAAGCUAGUUGGCUAGCAGCCCUUGCAGCCCUAGGCGACGCAGGGGAGCGGCCUGUGCGCUUCCCCGGCGACCAUCCCAAGUCUUGCGUCCAAUCUAGUUUAGUCAGGCCAGGUCUCGUAAAGCUAUGGAUGCUAGAGGAAGAGAGAUGCCAGAAAAUGGCUUGCAAACACAGUCCCACACAUAAACCCCCCGAAGGACCUCCCUGUGUCGAGGAACCUGCCGGUCAUUGCCGGAUCCCAGGCCCGGAAAUGGCUUCUUCUGGAACGCUCCCGGGUCACACGGUGUGAAUGAUCCUAGACAGCGAGUGCAAUGCCAGUCAUGAUCUUCCAGUCACGGACUCAAUAUAAUGUUACAACCUCUUGCAUAAAUCAAAGCUGCAUGCCAGCUUGAGGAAGGAUAAUCUGUUCCUGAAACAAAAGCUGUGUAUCGAUCCAUGUAGAUCAUAUUUAAGCCUUGCA